AUGUCUACCGAUAUAAUUGAGUUGGGCUCGUCGGAUGAUGAAAUGGAACCGGUGCCGAAAAAGAAAAAAGUUACGCCAAAUGCUAUGGUUAGAAUUCCUUCUCACACAAAACUUCCAGGCUUAACUAUUAAACCUGUCAAAGCCAAGAAAGUUAUACCGAAUGUUAGGAUAAAAAAUACAGUUACAAUCCCUAGAAUCAGCAUUAAUCCACUACAUGCUAAGCAUGUAAAUUCUAAAAAUUCACUUCUUAAACCUAUCCCCAAAAAAGUUAGUACUGCUUCUGGAUCUUUUCCAAAUAUAACCAAUGUCGAUUCUCCUAAUCCAAUGGGUUCAAAGUUAUUAAGAAAAUUACCAUCAAGCAUUACUGUUAAAAAAGCAACAGCCUCUAAAACUGUAAGCAUACCUAUACAAAAGGCCAAGCUGGUACAGCAGAUAGUGCUACCAGCUGAAAUUCAUAAUAAACCUAUAUUAUUAAAACCACUACCACAGUGGUAUAAAAAACCUGAAGAUUUAGAAACUGAAACACAUUUGCAGGAAAAAGAAAGUAAUGAUGUAGAUAUGAUCUCUAUGGAAGAACAGAAUAACUUAGAACCUAUUAAACCUAUAGAAAUAACUAUUGAUGAUAGCCCAGUAAAAUUUUCUACAAUGAAACAAACAGAAGGUAUUACUAUAACAAUUGAUGAUAGCCCUGCUAAAGGUGCCUCAAGUAUGAAACAUGACUUAAACCAACAAAAAGAAAAACAAAGUAAAAAGAUGUUGAACUAUGAAAAUAUUAAAAUAGUGAAAGACAUUGCGGGUAUGAUAGAAGUUGAAGUAGAUGCUAUUGAUAUUGACCAAUCAAGAAAUGAACCAUGUGGCACCCAAUCUAAGAUGAUUGAAAAUAAUAAACUUCAAAAACUCAAGGAUGUCAAUAAGGAUGACGACAUAAAAGAAAACCAGAGUAAUGCAAGCAUAAACAAGAAAAUAGAAUUUGUCAAUGAAAAGAAACACAAAUAUGAAAUUGAAACACAAGUAUCUAAUAAAGAAAAGGUAAAAGAACCCGACAUUGAGGAAAGUAAAUUUAAUCCUAUAUACCAAAAAUUUAUAGAUACUUGUUUCCGUAUUGAGAACUCUAAUGAUAUGCAGUAUAUUGUUGAAAAAAAAAUCAAAUCUUAUUAUAGGCAGUGUCCCAAAGAAUAUGUAGACUCUGACGAGUUUUUAGAUUUAGUAUCUGGUAAAAUUCUAGCUAUAGAAGCAGCUCCAAACAAAAUGUAUCUUUACAUUAGAGAUGUUGUGAAUGAGUUAAAUAUACAAAGAAAAAUGGCUAGGCCAGGAACUUCAUCGCAAAAGGAAACAUCUGCCGUAUAUCCAGGCAUAGAUACAAGUGAAUGUGAUACAAAACAUCAGAGACACAUUAAAAAACUUGAAAAGACAUUAACAAAACUCCACAGGGCUAUUCAAAAGUUGGAGGAACAAGAAAUUGACUUUGAUGAGGAAGAUGACUCAAUAUAUUUACUAACAGAGAGGUACAAAGAGAGAUUUCUUCGUGUUCAUGCAAAGUUCUGUCAAUUAACACAAACUAAGAUGCCGUCUGAGCCAUCUAUUAAGCUGGAAACUCAGGCUGGCCGGCCAAAAGGACCAGCAGCAAGACUUGAGAAAUGGAUUAAUAAAAAAGUGCCCAUUGGUAAAGCACUACCAUUCCCCGAUUUUCAUGAUGUACUACGUUGCGUGAGAGAGGCAAAUGCUGAAGAUAAGUUGGGCUGGAGUGAAAUGGAAAUUUUAGAAGAAGCACGCGAACUAUUCAUAUUUUGUGGGAAAAAACUAAAGAGAAGAAGACAAGAAAAUGAAUGGAGAAUAGCUGCGUCAAGGUUGCCUGUUAAUGAAGAUCCUGCUGAAAAUAAUGAUGAGCUUAAGAAGAAAUUAGACGAAAAUAAAUUGCUGGCAAAACGUAAUGAAACAUAUAUUCUAAACAAAUAUGUUGAUAGGCAGAAUCAGCUUAAUUUGGAACCUGAAGUAAUCGGUGAUAAAGAAGCGGAAGAGUCACCACUUGAAAGUGAUGAAGAGGAUGAUAAUGAAAGCAAUGUUUUACCAAUUAAGAAAAAGAUAAAACUUAAGUUGGAAGAAACGAAUAUUGAGGCUGAUACUAUUAUAUUAGAUUCAUCUAAUAUAGAUGAAUCUAGUCUUUUGAAAAAAUUGUAUUCGGAAUCCGACUCUGAUUCGCCAAUUAGCCUCACUGAUUCAGACAAUGAACCUAAUUCCCCUAAAGUGAUUAACAGUGAUGUGAUCAGUAUUGAAGACUCAAGUUACUCAGAAUCAGAAAAUUGUAUAGACAGGCCUGAUGAGUCUAACAUCUGUCCUGCUCAAAUGGAUAUUGUGCUAAGCAAUGAUUCGAUUCUUAGAGACGACGAAAGUAACAAUAAAGAGUAUCUCACCGUAGAUAUAACGGAAGAUAUUCAAGAGCUUUUAGCUAUUAAGGAUGAAAUUGGAAAAAACAGUCCAGUAUGUCCAAAAGAAAGCUCGAAUAAUGUAGAUGAAAGUAAUAAUGAUGAUAUUGCUAUUAUAAAUGAUAAUUCAAAUCAUGGAACUGAAAUAACUGUAAAUGUAGGGAUCAAUAACGUUGCAGAUGUUACAACAGAUAAACCUAUUGGAAAAGAGAAUUCGUAUGAGACCAAAACGAUGGUUAAAAAUACUGAGAAGUUAAAUUACGCUCAAGUUCAAGUAAAAGAUAAACAAACCCAAAAAUGUGAGGAAAGUAUAGCACCUGAAACGAUUAUUGGACUCGUUAAGGAUGAAUCGAACAAUGUCAAAGUUACUAGUACUAAUCAGCUCAUUGGUAAAGAGAAGUGUAAUACUGAAAUACAAACAGAUAUAGAUAUGGGUGUGGAAAUGGGGACUUAUGAUGUUGCAACUACGGAUAAACCUUUUAAUAUAGCUAAGAAUAAUGUCGAAAUGGAAAUGACAAAAGAACACAUAGAUGUGGUAAUACAUGACGCUGACAUUAUACCCAAGAGUAGUACUGAGAUUGAAACAAUAAAGAAAACUAAUAUUGAAACGAGCGAAGGUAUAUCCCUGGAUGCAGAGAAGAGUAAUUUUGAACUUGAAAUACCAAGUACACAUAAUGAUUUAGGAAUGACUGAGUCUGAUGUGAGGACAGAUAGAGAUAGAGAAAUUGUAGACGAAGACAACAUCGAAAUGACGGUUGAACAUAUAGAUGUAAAGAUGAAUGACACAGACAUUAAUAUAACAAGUAAUCAAGUUGAUAAUGAAAUAAAUGACAAAUUUACAGAUGCUAUUCAUACAGAGAAGGAUAAUACGACAAAAAUCAAUAAAACUGAUGUAGGUACGGAUGUUAAUGUUCUAAAGAAUUUUAAUGAUGCAACGUCAAAUAAGACUAUCAAUGUAGAAGAUAGGGAUUGUAAUGGCGACGUUGAAACGGUAAACAUACAGUCUGACAUUCCUGUGGAAAAAAUGGAUCUAACAGCGACUGUAGUUAAAAGUAAUGUCGAAACUAAAUUGGUUAAAGAUUGUUCGAAUGUGCAAUUAAAUAACACUGAACAUGAAAAAAACUAUAAUCACACUAAUGAUUCAACAACCAAAGCUGACAAUAUUCUAUCUAAUGAUGAAAACUCAACUAUUAUUUCAGACAUAUGUACUAAAAUUUUUGAAAACAUCGAAAAUGUUACAAACAUAGAUCACGGCCAUGAGAACGUUGCUAAAGAUGUGGUUGAUUCCUUAAUGAAUACUGAGGGAAAGCAGAGAGAUAACUUUAAUAAAAAUGAAUCUGAAGCUGUCCCAAAAUCUAACGACGGUUGUGAGAAUUUAGAAAACAAUAUUUUGAUUGUCGAAACUUGUUCAAAACACAUUACACAAGGUAAUAAUAUAAUUGAUAAAAAACGUGAAGAUCCCAAAUAG